GAGAGGAGAAGCGAUCACAACCACAGCUGCUCAGUAACGGUCUGAGCUGUGAGGUCCACACAGUCAAUGAGGAGGUCGACGAUGACCGUAAACGCAAGUCGUCUGGACCGCAUUUGGACCACAACUGCAACAGGACGCUGACCACGACCGUGAAUCAGACAAAUGACCUGACAACCGCAGACCACCAGGAGAGAACCACCUCAGAGAACCACACACACCCAGGCGAGAAACAGCAGGACUGUAACAAAACCGAUGCUGAUCAUCCUGUGAGCCCGGUUACGACCUCGGCGGUGGAUGACAGCUUCCUGUCCCAGUAUCGGGAGCUCAUGCGCUCGCUGGGGGCGGAGCCUGAUGACGUCACCGAUGACAUCACAGAGUUCAGGAAGCGUGUGUUGGCUCUGGCCCAGGGAGGAGAGGAGGAGGAGGUGGACUUUAGCGUGUUCUCUACAGACUCCCCGGAACCGAAGGAUGCCGAUCUGGAACCGGAGAACAGUCCAGAACUGACGAGCAACAGCCAAGACAGAAAACAUGGGAUACCCUUCACUGGCCCGUUCAUUAGUGUUCUGCUGUCACGGUUGGAGAACCUGUUGGAGAACCCUAUUCCAGUCAACCUGCUAGUUACAGGGAUCCUGUCUCAGCUCGCCAAAUACCCCCAGCCUCUCCUCCGGGCGUUCCUACUGAACACGCACACUGACCCACCGCCCAACGUACACACACUAUACCAGGUGCUGGUCUCUGUGCGUGUGCAGAUAGAGAAGUACGCAACGGACCAGACAGAGUUUCCUGCUACAGUCAGAGAAGCGUGGAGAUACCUACUGGCUAGAGACCAAGCACUGAAACUCAGAGAGUUCCUCCAGGACAGCCAUAGUGAUAACAGGAAGAGUGUUCUACCCAAUGGAACACAGCAGAUAACGCAGAACGUCCCCCCAUGUCCCAACAUUCCUCCGCAGGCCAGGAACAGAGUCUUCGCUACGGUUCUAUAUGCAGAGUUCUUAAAGGAGUUAGCUGCCAUCGCACAGGAACACUCUAUAGUACCUGACUCACCGAUAGAGGACUAGAUUAACACACCUGACUCACCGAUAGAGGAGAUUAACACACCUGACUCACCUAUAGAGGAGAUUAACACACCUGACUCACCUAUAGAGGAAUAGAUUAACACAUCUGACUCAC